AUUGUGGGGAGUGGGGACUAUACCACAGAAAAGGAGAACAUCAUGCCAUGAGCACAUGAAGUGAUUUUGAUAUCAGUCUUAAGGGUUUCAUUCCUAGGUCUCAUCAUCAUCAUCAUCUUCAUCAAUUCUCGGCUACAACACAUGGGCCAAUCACCAAACUGUGGGCUUAUGACCCACCUUAUUUUAGAUGGCUUCAAUAAUCUUCCAACAUUUUCUUUCAUUUUCUCAUGGUGCCAUCAUGCCAGAAAUUUGCUUGUUUAUGAAAUUAUUUUAUAAGUAUGAAUUAUUUUAUAGAGUUAAAAAGAGAUUACAAAAGGGGGCUGUAGUGACUGUGGGGAUUGUAAUCAAUAACUCAAAUUCUAUAUCAACUUUUUGAUGUGAAAAAUAGUAUAAGUUAACAAAUCUUGGGACAAGCUCUGGACUGGGUCUCAGGCUCUCAGCCACUCUCCCCUCCACCACCACUGUGAGUCUCAGCCUGUGACUCUCAUCUUCCAAAGUCUCCAAAAACCCUUUUGAUGACCGUUGAAUUUAAAACUCCAGAUGGGUUGCUGUGUUAGCUCCACCAAAUCUCAUCCCCAUUUCUCUCAAUCUCCCUCGCCCACCCAUGAGGAAGAAACUGUUAAGGAAGUUCUUUCUGAGACACCAAUUGCCAAGCCGCUUUCUCCCUUGAUGAUUUUCCAAGAAAAGGUGGAAAUUGAGGCUAUGGUCACCACUGCCCAAGAGGUCUGUCAAGUGUCCGAGGUUUCAGAGGUCUGUAGUGAGGGCUUCUCCACGAGGUCCUUUAAGGAGAAGAACGAAAAUGAGGUCAAUGGCCACGACGAUGACGGCGAGAUGACCCAGAUGGUUGGGAGGUGUCCCCCCAAGGCUCGGAGGAGGCGGCCGUGCCCCGGCGAUAUGAGCGUGGGGAAGGACAGGGGCGGGUGGGGUCCUCCGAGGAGGUCCGAGCCCCUGCCGGAGGGUCUCAACCGGGUUCCGUCCAGGACGGUGAGGGCACCAGCGGCGUGUCGGCGAAAUGGGGGGCUCCCAGGGGUGGGGGAAUCUGGCAGGCGGUCGAGGACCCCGGCGCCAGUUUCGGAGGUUGGAGCAGCCCGUUCCGGUCGCGGAAAGAGCCCCCCGUCGAUGACCACCGGCAUGUACAGUAACCGACCACCGGCUGCCACUGCUGAGAAAGGCUGCGCAUUCGAGAAGUCCAACGCCGGCGAUUCGCCAAAUGCAAACGAAACACUUGAAAACCCUCUUGUCUCCUUGGAGUGCUUCAUCUUUCUGUAGUAGCAUCUCCGGCAACAUGCAUACAUUUCGCCGGAACCACAUCUCUCCGGCCCGGCCGUCGCUUUGAAGCUUUUUGGAGUUCAGUUUGGAUAGAAGUACACAAAAACGGUGUCGUUUUGCGGUUGUGUAACAAUUGUGAUGCACUAAAAAAAUAUCCUAAUGUAAAUAUUUAUUUACUUCAUAAAAAAAAUCCAAAACUAAAUAUUUUCUUUUUAAAGCUUGGGAUUGUAAUAUCAUGGGGAUUUGUGAUUGAAUC